AUGGCGAACAAGAGUGAUGCACACGAAGAGUUUUAUUUUGAUUAUAUUCGAUUACUUGUCGAAAAUCGAAUGCUUCAUCGAUCAGGUUAUUAUUUAGGUGCAUCGAAUUCAUUUGUUCGUUUAUUUACUGUUGCUGCUCGUCGAUAUUGGCUUGCACAAGCUACAAGUGAACAUAUAACAUUAUUACUCACUCGAGAAAUGCAUCAUCAUUUGCUUGACUGA